CUAUUCAUGUAGCAUGUAGCUGAAUGUACACCUCCAUGCUCUACUUGCUUCACGAUACCCUCUGCAAACGCGACCCAUACCUGUUUGAAGCCUGAUCUCCAUAUCACAUGAUGGGACCUCUCACGAGCUAUCAUGAAUGGCUUCAUGUAGCCGACACUGCAUUACCUCAGAAUAUGUUUGGCUAUCUCCUCCAACUUUGCUUGAGCCCUCUCAGAACCCAACCGUUCACUCUUGAGCCUUACGAUAAUCCGAAAGAAAUUGCGAAAUGCGGCCAACAUAUUGGAAAGAGGAACUUCCUGCCAAAGCUUCCCGAAAGAGAAGGACCACGACCGACGAUGCUUAAAUGGAUGGCUCCCCAUCGACAGGCAGAUCAACGAAGUGACGAUGCCAUGCAUGAACUCCUUGCUGAAGCGAUCGAUGAACUGGUGGUCAAGCAUGCAGCUCAUGUAGUCGUGAGGACCUCAGUUCUGGAGAAAUCUGGAGAAGCUAUCCUGAUUGCUGACAAUAUCGACACCCCCCAUGCAAUUGCCAAGCAGAACAAGCGGGAAAUUGCGCACGUGCACACUGAUGGCGGCAAAGGAGACUAUUCAUUGCACAUGUGUCUUAGCCCCUCUGACUGUAAGGAAGUCAUCGAGAAGAAGUGGGGAGAAAGAAUGACUCUGGCUGGGACAUUGGUUCCGAAUAAUUACCUUCUGAUCUAUACGCCCAGAACGAAGGAAGAGGUUGAAAUCGUCAAGACUAUCAUUGAAGGCGCAAUUGUGUUCAUGACAGGGGCCCGGGAGUUGGUGCAAUAG